AUGCAUUCCAUCUUUAAGAUGCAAGAUAUUCUUUUUCUUAUAUUUCAGAUGCUCUAUACCCUUAUCACCAAAGAAGAUUCUGGCAGGCUUGGUGCUUUUGCUGUACUGGCCACAACAUCUUCAACCAUCUCUGAGCCUGUCCUACAGCUUCUAUGGAAGAAACUACCUUCUGUGGAACCUCUCAUUGAUCUCCUUCCAAAUGAUCUCAUUCAACGCCGUAGGAAUUCAAAUGGAGGAUGGAAGUUGCCCUCGAAAUUCUGCAUCACCCGCACCAAAAUUCGGUUUAAAAUAAUUGUGGUGCUUACCCUGCACCCUGUGAUGAUCCUACACCAAAAAUCUCGCUGCCCGGCCCUUCCGUUCUCGAUUUAUGGCCCCAACAUCGAUCUGGGCGCCCUUUUAGUGAGGGGGAGGCAUUCUACCAUCCUCCCGCACCAAAAAUUUCGCUGCCCGGCCCUUUCGUUCUCGACUUAUGGCCCGAACAUCGAUCUGGGUGCCCUUUUAGUGAGAGGGAGGGUAGAUGAGGGUGUAACUUUUUUUCGUCCAACUCUCUUGACUAACCCUUCUGGUAUCCUACUCUACAGCAUUCUACCAUCCUCCCGCACCAAAAAUCUCGCUGCCCGGCCCUUUCGUUCUCGACUUAUGGCCCGAACAUCGAUCUGGACACCCUUGAGUGACGAGGAGGGAAAGCAUUCUACCAUCCUCCCGCACCAAAAAUCUCGCUGCCCGACCCUUUCGUUCUCGACUUAUGGCCCGAACAUCGAUCUGGGCGCCCUUUUAGUGAGAGGGAGGGUAGAUGAGGGUGUAACUUUUUUUCGUUCAAACCUCUUGACUAACCCUUCUGGUAUCCUACUCUAUAGCAUUUUGCCAUCCUCCCGCACCAAAAAUCUCGCUGCCCGGACCUCCCGUUCUCGACUUAUGGCCCGAACAUCAGGGUUAGUUGGGCAUAGGGACGAGGAGGAAAGGGGUUGUACUAGCCCAGGCUCUAUCACUCUACUCUGCAACGUUCUGCAAUCCUCCUGCACCAAAAAUAUCGCCGCCCGGCCCUCCCGUUCUCGAUUUAUGGCCCGAACAUCGAUCUGGGCGCCCUUGAGUGACGAGGAGGGAAAGGGAGGAGGGAAAGGGUACUACAAACCUCCCGCACCUAAGACCUCGCUGCCCGGACAUCCUGUUCCCGACUUAUGGCAUGAUCAUCGAUGUGGGUGGGCUUGCGCUACGGCGAGGGUAAGUGUUUUAUGCCCCUCCCGGAACAAAGUCCUCGCCGCCCCUACAUCUCACUCGAAAGCUAUCACUCGAACUUCACAUGCUGCGGAAACGAGAGGUGCAAUAACACGACAUCACCAGUAUGUUAUCGGAGGUGGAAAAUCAUGCAAAUCCCGAGGUGACAGAUCGUUACUCCUGCCUCUCUUCACCGCGAUGUACGGCUCCCAUUUCAACUUUCUAGAACACAGGAACGAGACGCUGUCACGAGCCGUCAGCAUUAGGCAAGCGAACCAAAAGACAAGAAAACAAGAUCGUGCGCCGACUGAGAGCGCGACACAUCCAGAGCAUCAUUCAGCAUCGAGCCAAAAGAAUAGAACACGGCGCUCUCUGAAAUCAGGACAAGGCUAUGGCAUCAUCAGCGUCAGACGCAACAAGUGCGCCAUCAGGGUUGGGUAUUAA